GGUUGGAAAUGUACACAGAAGGUUGUUCCUAGGUGCGGGAUAGAUGGGAAAACCCUAGCAACGCAAUCCAUUUCGUGUCGUCCUUGCAUUAAAGCUCCACAACACUCUCCAGCGACAAGGACAACUGCCGCAAACGAGCAACUAGCUCCAUCACUCAGCCUCCUCAAAAUGGAGCUGUAUACUGCUCAAUCCCUCUCUAAUCUUCCCAAAAUUUUCACCUCAAAUCCCACCAUCCUCCGCCUCAAAACGCCCUUUACUCUCCAGCAACCCCAAAUUCCUAGCCCAAGCCGCCGCGGCAGCAGCCAUUCCCUAUUUCUUUCAGUGCCAAGAGCAACGAUUCCUGAGGAAUCUUGGAGCGGAGCAAGUCUUUAUGCCUCUGAAGAACGGAACAAUGCAGUGGUAAUAGAAUUUGAUCCUCCAAGCGAAAAGGAAGUGUACAAUGAGAACAGGGCAACUGAAGGGCCUCUUGAGGAAUCUCCUGUAGAUGAACAAAAUGACUUUUUGGCAAACCUGAAUACUAAGCUAGACUCUGAAGAUACCUAUUCUAUUCUGUUGUAUGGUAGUGGUGCGCUUGUUGCUGUGUGGUUAGCAUCAGCUGUUGUCAGUGCUAUCAAUUCGAUUCCAUUGUUUCCUAAGUUGAUGGAAGUUGUGGGUCUUGGUUACACCAUCUGGUUCACUACCCGCUAUUUGCUAUUUAAGAAAAGUAGGGAUGAGUUGGCUGCUAAAGUUGAAGAGCUUAAGCAACACGUCCUUGGAUUUAGCGACAAUUGAAGUGCAGGAUAUACAUAUUUUUUGGCAUGACUUUGUUCUAAUAGCUGAAUGAGAGUUGGACCAACUGCAAUUUGAUGCUUUUUUUAGAGAAAUUUUGAGGUUUCCACCUUUCUAGUUUAUGAUUGGCAGGUUCAAGAAAAGAAUAUGGUAAGUAUUAUUAAUAUGAUAAGGGUAAAGAAAUUUUGGACUACAUACAAGCAUAUGCUUUUUAUUCAUAAAGUUACUAGACUCACUUUGUGAGAUCAUGCACAGUUUGAGUCAAACGAGGAAAGUUAGAAAUUAUGGGAUGGCAAUAAAGUCGGAUAUUAGCAAGCCUAUAAUUGUAAAGUGGUCUUGUCUGGCUUAUCAAUUGAGUAAUGGGAUAUUAGUGCAAUGGUGGCAGCUGUCUUUGCUGUAGAUUCCCGAUUACAAUAUAUAUCUUUCCAAUGUGUUCUUUAAAUGAUUAACUUCUUCAUAGAAAUGGUAGCAAAACUCUAGUAGAUUCAGUGGGAAAACUCUACUUGAAGGGAUUUUACUUUCAGACUGGUUGCUAUCUUUAGUUUCUGUUGUAAUGAAUUGUUGUUGCUGCAGAUAGAAGACUAAAGUGGACUGUCAGGUCAGGUCAGGUCAGUAUCGUACUCAUUUCAAAUAAGUAGGCACAAAAUCGGAUUUCUUAAGCUAAUAGUGGGGUAUCGAUUAAUUGUAUGCAUCGGAUUUGCGCGAGAUUUUUUCAUUAUUAGUCAAUAUUCAGAAAUUGGAGGGCUAGCGCAUUAUCAAAAGAGGCUCAUUUUGAUGAGUUUUACUUUUUGCUAACAAUUCCAUUGUUUUUACUAGAGCCUCUACUCGUGGCACAAAGAGAAUUAAGAAAAAUUUUCAUCAUUACUCUAAUCUCAGUGGGCAAUCCAUUAAUUUGGAUCAAGUAUGCUAUCGGUUUUCGCAGAAGUACACAAAAGAUUAUUUGCUCAAGUAUCUCUUUAAUUCUGAGUGUAUCUAAUAUUGGUGGGCUGGAUAAGUUUCAAGGUCUUCCUUCCUCUAUUCCAAUAUCUAAAUCACAAGCUAUCAGAUAGAGAUAAUGUGCAUCAUAAAAUGCAUGUUUGGAAGGAAAGAAGAAAAAUGAUUCUCCUUAAGGCAGUGACAACGAUGAUUUUUGUUUUUUUUUUUUGAUAUAAAGGUUAAGAUAUCCAUUAAUAAAGAUGGCCUGAGGCCCAAUGCAAGCAUACAAGGCCUCAACCACCAAAGAAAAAUCACAUCCAAGUCCAAAGAAAGCUAAACAGGCUUGAGGCUUAGAACCAUAACAGCCCAAGAUCCAACUCAUCCUAAACCUAGCAACAACUGCAGAAACGAAGGAAAUUGCUGCUGCCUAGAAGCAUGUAGCCGAGCCAUCGGACGUGCAGGAAAGUCAAUGUAAUCUCUAGCAACGAUGGCUCGGCAGGAAAGCCAAUGUAAUCUCUAGCAGUCGAGGCAAGAUUGGAAAAUCCAGAAGCAAGACUCAGACAAGAAAAUAAAACUUCUAAAGAACAACCUUACAUCACCGAAUCCAGAAAGAAAAGGAAACAAAUCAAGUAGAUCAACUAAGGAGCCCCAUUCGA